ACCGUGAUUACCGUUAGGUUCAUUGUUGUUUUAUGUAGCUGUGGAACAAAUAAGCACACAAAUAGCUAAUGUAUUUUUAAGUACACGGUAAAUUAUUCAGAAAGUCGAAAUUACGAACUUUAUUUGCCGUUUUUAGGGUCUCGUGUGGUCAGAAUGUUUGCAUGUCAACCGAUGUCCUCGCGCCGUUUUCUCAGGAGAGGACCAGGAUGGCUCUAAGGAAGCAAAUACUCAAGGAUGCCAGCGACGUUCCCUCUGGAAGCCAACAGAUUGGCGAAAACACACAGGAGGACGAGGCUCUCGACGACAGAGACGACAAUGACUUCUCACCAUCGCUUCAGUUGUCAUCAUCAAGACAAAAACGCAAGAGAGAGAGGGAAAACAAAUCCAAACCCAAAGAGAUGACCGAGGAGGAGAUGAUGGACUUGGCUCUGCGUCUGAGUGAAAAGGAAGCCAGUGCCGCUGCGUUCAGACAGCAGCAGGAGGAAGAGGCCAUGAUGAAAGCCAUCCAAGAGAGUAUGGUCAGCCCGACCCAACCGUGCCCGCCGCCCCAAAGUCAGAGCCUGCUCACCGAUGCCGGAGCUUUGCUCAGGCUCUGCUCUCGCCGGAAACUCGUGUACUCAAACGGGAAGACGGCGUCUGCCGUCGAUCAGGGAGCAUCGGAGGAUGUCUGCACACCAGAGACAGGCCUGAACCGAAGAGCAAAAGGAACUGGAGAUGAAAGUAAUAACAGGAAUAAAAAGCGGAAAAGGAAAGAAGGAAGUCCUCUGCUGGAGAUGCCAGACUCUCAGGCUUCACCCUGCAGCUCAGAGUGUAUCUCCGUGCCUCUGGACUCGCCACUGAGCUCUGACUCGACCCAGAUCGAAGAUUCUCAGCUCCAGAAAUCCCCCGUCUUCCCCUCCACUGGCUACAGAGCCGAGGUUCACGUCCCCCGGCUGAGCCAGAACCUGCUGGAAACCUACAGAACCUCAGGGUUUGUGUUGUGCUCUCAGGACAGUUGUACCUCGACUCGAACGUCUCCGCCUGCUCAACCCACGAGCCCGACGUUUCCCAAAAGCCCCACACGCUCCAAUAACCUCACUCUGUCCAAGAGCCCUGUCUUCUCAGAGACUGAUCAGGGAGAGGAUGAAGAGACGGAGCAGGCGCCCGAGUAUUUUAUAAGUCCAGUGUUUGGCAGGAAUACUCAGCACGAGACGUCUCCAAGUGCCUGCCAACCCCAGGUCGGUGUCUGUAACUCAGGGUUCACGUGCUCUUCUCAGGAGAGUUUAACCUCCUCUGUGAGGUCGGCAUCCCGUCGGCCUAAAAGUCCAGUAUUCCCAAAAAGCCCCGGCCUUCCCCGGAACCCCCCUCCCCCUGAAAGAUCAGCAACCUGUGAAAGUCCUGUAUUCUCAGAGGCUGACGGAGGACAGACGGAGCAGAGUCAUGGGUAUUGUGCAAGCCCAGUGUUCGGCAUGACUGGACGACGACGACGACAGAGUCACCUCGAUGAGCCGAAGCCCUCUGUGAGUCCUUCCGCUGCAGAGCUCAUAGGUUCAGACAGUGACGGGGAUUCAACCGUUACCGGGGAUCCAUCUCAGAGUCUGGCGCAGGGCAGCAAGACUGAUCACAGUCAAGACGCCAGCUUUAAGAAGCCAUCUGAGUCAGAUGAUGCAGAGGAGGAGCUGAAUGAAAUAUCCAAAGACUGGAACUCAGCCGCGACAGAGCUGACCAGCGAUAUGGUGCUGCGCUGGUCUGACGAGGACGAGGACGUCACGCCGGUGGGCUCUCCCAGCCCGGUCUUCCCAGAGGAGAGACCUGUUCAUCAGGGAGGCAGCCAGGCUGCUUCAGCUUCCCCAGAGCUGAACUGCAGACCUUCUAACUCUUCCACAUCCACCGGCCGACAGCAGCUUUCCACCACAGAGCGAGAACCUCGGCCAAUCAGCAGUCAGGGAGCGGUCAGCAGGGCGUCUGCCCCGCCUGGGGAGCCUGCAGGUGGGCCAAUGGUGCACUACUACUGGGGGGUUCCCUUCUGUCCACGAGGCCUGGACCCAGACAAAUACACACAGGUGAUCUUGGCUCAGAUGGAGGUGUAUGAGAAGAGUCUGAAGCAGGCUCAGAGGUGUCUGCUGAGGAAGGCUGAGUGGGGGGAGGCCGUCCUGCCGCAGCCAGAGAAAUCUCCUUCACCUGAGUCGCCUCCUGAGUCACCUCAACAGUUUGUUACUCGAAGGCGUGGCCUCAGACUGAGAGACAAACAGCUGUCUGAAGCAGCAGAGUCUCCUCCAGCUGAGGCAAAGGAUGAAGAAGAAGACAAAAAGAAGGAAGAGGAGGAAAGAGAGAGCAAAGAAGAGAAGAAUGAGGAGAGGGAAGAAGAAGGACAGGAUACCGAUGACUGUGAGGUUUGUCCAGAAACCCAACUGAGUGACGACGACAGGACGCAAGAUCUGAUGAUGGCGACUGACGCUGGAGCAGAGUCUGACUGUAAAAUGAGUCCAGAGCUGCCAGAGGUCGAGAUGAUUCUCCCAAAUGAUUCUCCAGCUGAACAGGAGCUGCAGCCGGAGGAGGAGAUGGAGGUGGAGGUGGACGCCCCAGUGGACAGAAAGACGAAGGGAAACAUCCCUGUUAACAGCAGCCAUGUUAGAGGACAACGUGUGAGAAAAGAGGAGGUAGAGGAGGACGGCGAGGAUCCAGAUGUGGAGGAGAUAGAGGAUCCACGGCUUAAAAGGUCAACGUCUCCUGAACUGGAACCAGCCGGUGUUACUCAGAGCCCCAAAACCAAAGUGGACUGUCCCAUCUGUCAGGGCUCUUUCCCGGUGAUGCAGAUCGAGAUGCACGCUGCGUUCUGCGAUGGGGAGGUGGCCGUCGUGGACGAGAGGAGGCACGAGAAAAACUGCUUCCAAGUGUCGUUGAAGUCACUCAGGAAGAGAACAAGGAGAGCAGAGGUGACUGCUGAAGAGACUAACGAACCCUCCAACAUUAACAGUUAUGAGAAAUGUUUCAUCUGUCAAAAAGCUGUUCCGCUGAAAGACUACAGCCGACACACAGAGUUCUGCCUCCAACGGCAGAAGUCAAAGACUGCAGCAAAGGGAAAUCUGCUGUCAGCUCUGGAGCAAACCGAGAGCAGAGGUCCGGAGGCCGGGCCGUCUGGAUCCAAACUCCAGCCAGGAGAGGUCAUUGAUCUGCGGGAUGAUGAUGAUGAAGAGGACGAGGAAGGCGGCGUUUCAACACUACGGAUCAGUAACUCUCCCAUCAGAUCCUUCACUCCGAUCUCAGAGGCCAGCGGCUGCCUCAUCGACUUCAAGAAACAGCAUCGAGCCAAGACACUGCGCCAAAGACGAAGAUGAGGACGACUUCCUGCAGACUGGCGCUGCUGACUGAAAAUACUGGAACCAGAGCCUUAACUAAGACCCCAUCAGGUUGGAUGUGACAUUACGGUUAGAAAAGACUUGUUUUGAAACACCUUCCUGAUGUCACAUAUUUAUGCAGAUAAACAGUGACCAACUGAGCACUUGAAUGUUCAAAGGAAACCACAUUCUGACUCUUUUGUGCCACUAAAUGUUACGUUUGUUUCCGUUGAAGGUGUUUCAGACUACCUCUUUAUGUAUUGAACAUUUUCUUUUUUGUAACUUUAGUUUAAUAUCUGUCUCAUGUCUCAACCCUCAGAGUGUAAAUCAAAUGAAUACAAACAUUUCACUGGCUCACUUGAAGUAUGAAAAGUGAAGUUGUUUGUAGCCGUGCUACCUGAGAGGCUACAGAACUGAUCCGUCAGUCCACAACUGGGGUCUGAAAUAUCUCAACAACUACUGGAUGGAGUGCCAUUAAACUUUUCAUAACAUUCAUGUUUUCCAUCAGAUAAAUCCAACUGACUUCGGUGAUCCUCUGAUCUUUUCUCUAGCGCCACCUGCAGGUCAAAACAUUUUACAGUUUAUGACAGAAAACCGCUAAAGCUAAUGACUGAAUUCAGCCUCGUGUGUACUUAAAUGCCAACACAACAUGCCAAAUAUUGGCUUGCUGACCUGCUAAGUGUUAGCGUGUGGAAAUGCUAACAUGAACCAUGCUAAUGUUAGCAUGUAAAUGUACUAAAUUGUCAUCAUGCUAAUGUUAAGUGUUAAACAUCAGCAUGCUACACUAAAAUGUGUUACAAACCUCAUAAUAUUGGAAAUGUGCGAUGCUAACUGUACACAUGUUCACAUGCUAGCUUGUCCGUGCUGAUGUUAGCAUUUUAGCUAACGUUUAGCUAAUGCAAAUAUUACAAGCUACGUGAUUCUACCCUGAUUCUGGACCGCUGACUCACAUCUGAUUGAUUGGUGGACAAACAACCAGCCAAUCAGAGCUCUGUAGGCAGAUGUCAGAGCCAGAAAAAUGGAAACAAUUCGAGCUUCAACUAACAAGUAUUUUCAUUAUCAAUUCAUCUACAGAUUAUCUUCUUGAUUAAUCAGUUUUUGUUUUGUCUUUAAAAUGUCAAAAAGAAAUAGUAAACGGUGUAAUUUCCUACCAAGAGUCCAAAGAUAUUAAUUUAACAAUCAUAUCAUGACAAAGAAGAGCAGAAGAAUCACAUUUCAGAAGCUGGGACCUGGGAAAGUGUCACAUUUUUGUGAUUAAUUGAUUAUCUAAGUAGUUGCCAACUAAUUUUCCAACUAAUGUAUUAGUUGACGUAUUGUUUCAGCUCUUUAUGUUUGAGAUGGAUGCAGCUGUGCAGCUUGAAAUUAUUCCUUCAGUCAACAAUGGACUGAAUAAUGAAGAGAACACAAAAUGGCAAUACAAUCUGAUUCAUAAUUUAGCUCAAAUGUAGCUUUCCUACAUGCAAACAUCCGAUCUUAAGGUACCUUAACAUUUAGCAUGUUAACAAACCAGCAUUAGUGUUCAGGGCAAAGCACAGCUGAGACUCUGAGAUGUCCUUCAUUGGCCACCGUACAUAUGAUAAACCCUUUUUUUAUUUACAUUACGAUAUGGCUUUUCUGCUGGCACCACCCUCAGGACAAACAUUACUUUUUAUAGAGCUAAGAAUAAAGUUGUCUCUCCACUUUCCAUUUAUCCAACAGUUACAGGUUCUGGUCUGCUAGGAGACACUCAUAAAUGAGGAGAAAUGUCUUUUGUUCAAUGCACGUCUCCAGUUGGAUCAGUGAAAAUAAAAACAUCUCCAGAUUUGAUGCAGUCGAAUGUUAGCAUUUGUUAGCAUAUUAAAUGGGAAUCAAACCCACCUGCUGUGAGAUGUCACGUCACCUGUUCUCACUACGACUCCAGCAUGCAGGAUGCUGAAGCAAGUGCAAUGAAGCAAUACUGAAACCUCUGAAUUUCCCCUUUAAGAUCAUAAACUGCCUGCUGAGGGUCAAAGCUUUGAAAGUGGACGUAACCUGUUUCUGUAAUGAUCACAUUUGCACCCAAUCAACUCAAAAAUGUUAAUACUGUAAAAUAAUUUUGUUUCAUUAAGAACAGUUAAUUUGAGUGUUUUUUUCUUUACUGUGGACCAUUUUUAUCAAUCAAAAUAUUUCCUGCAAAGUUGAUAGAAAUAUCAUUUGCUUGUCCUUUUUUUGUAUUUGACUGCUCAAUGCUCAGAGUAUCGGCCAUGAAUACUGUAUUAGCACUUUAGAGUUACAUUUCCUAGUUGUCCGACUUGAUGAAGUAAAGUCACUGUAACGCACUAAA